AUGCAGUCCGUGAUCUCUGCUGCUUCUUCCUCCCCCCUGGUCCAGUCCUCCGGUUCCGGCAUCUCGCCGGCCUCGAAGGAGAUCGUCGUGGGAGCCGCCGGCGGCGUCACGCAGGUUCUCAUUGGCAAGUCCCUGGGUCUUUGUCAGCCGUUUGAUAUCGUCAAAGUCCGCAUGCAAAACCGCGUCGACGGCGGUGCAUUCCAUAUCGCCAGUACCCUGUGGAAACAGGAAGGUCCGAGGAGUUUCUAUAAAGGCUCUCUCGCACCCUUCAUAGGAGUUGGUGCCUGCAUAAGCAUCGUCUACGGCUCCUUCCACCUCGCCUCCACAGCCCUGCAAACAUGGCAUGACCAACCCCUCUCGACCCCCCAGACCUACCUCGCCGGCGGCCUGGCCGGCCUGUCCAACAGCCUCGUCUCCGGGCCCAUGGAGCACAUCCGCAUCCGUCUACAGAUGCAGUCGUCACGGCCGGAGGAGCGCAUCUACGCCGGCACCGCCGACUGCGUUCGCCAGAUCCUGCGCCGCGGCGGUCUGUCGGCGCUGUACCGCGGCCAGACGGCCACCAUGCUUCGCGAGUUUCACAGCUACGGCAUCUGGUUCUCCGUGUAUGGGGCGUUGAUGGCGAUGGUGGUCGAGGAUGAGACGAGGAUGAGGACGGCUGCUGCUGCUGCUGCUGCUGCUGGGCAGCCUGAAGACGGCGAGAUCUCCGUUCCUCCCUGGAAAGUGGCGGCGUGCGGCGCCGUCACGGGCGAGGUCCUCUGGGCCCUGAAUUACCCCUUCGACGUCGUCAAGAGUACGAUGCAGGCGGAUGGCUUCGGGGCCGAGAGACGCUAUCGUACUAUGCGCCAUGCGGUGCGGCAUAUCUGGUGCGUCGAUGGCUGGCGAGGCUUCUUUCGUGGGUUGGGCCCGACGCUGGGCAGAGCUUUGCCGGUGUCGGCGGGCACGUUUCUGGUGUAG